AUGGAGAACCAGAGACAAGAGACAGAAAAGAAAGAGGUGCAGAGGAAAAAAGAACCGCAGAGGAAAGCAGGCAGGCCGGACCAACUCAGCAGCCAGAAAGCGAAAAAGAUCACUAAGAAGGGAUCACGAAGAAACUGGGACAGAAUUGCAGCAUUUCUAAAAAAUAAAAAAAAUCAAUUCAUAACAGCAUUUGGAAGAGGCCGACAAGGCGCUACGCCCACCAGCCAACAAAACACUGAUACUGCCCCCUUAACAGUGGACAAAUUCACUUUCCACUCAAUACUUGGAGAGGGAGGCUACGGAAAAGUGCUGCUGGCAACAGACGCUCUUCGCAGGGAAAGAGUGGCAAUUAAGAUCUUAAAGAAGACAGCCCUAACAGAGAACGAGGGCAGCUUGGUCGAGUUUCGGGUCCUUCAGCUGGCACAUCAGAGCAAUUUCCUUACUCAUGGAUAUGCGACCUUCCAAACACAUCGUUAUCUAUACUGUGUAAUGGAACUGGCUAGUGGAGGAGAUCUGUUUGAUUUUUUUGAGACAUCAGAGAUGGACCUUCCCACAAUAACAUUUAUAGCGGCGGAAUUGGUUUGUGGAUUACAGUUCAUGCAUUCUAAAGGAAUAAUUCACAGAGACAUCAAACUGGAAAAUGUUCUGCUGACUGCAGACGGCCAUGUGAAGAUCACAGACUUUGGUCUAGCCCUAAUGAAUGUGUAUGGAGUAAUUGAUAAUGCAGGCAUUUGCGGGACACCUGGCUAUUUUGCUCCAGAAAUGAUAACCCGCCAGCCAUACAGUGCAGCUGUGGACUGGUUCGCAUUAGGGGUUAUAUUAUAUAUGCUCGCUACAGGAUCGGAGCCUUUCCCUGGAGAAUCCGUGUCAGAGAUAGCAGCAAUGAUCAUUGCAGAGGAACCAUCAUACGAAGGCCUUACUGGAGUAACAAAGGACUUUUUAUCCAACCUCCUGUGUAAGGACCAGUUCCUCCGGCUUGGGGUAAAUGGCGACGUGCGAAAACACCCCUUCUUCUCUUCUAUUAACUGGGAAGAGGUAGAGAGUGGAAAAACAGCAUCCCCACUCACAGUGCUCAAGAACGCCAUGGAUCUAGAUAAACAGAAUAUUCCUGUGCCCCACAGUGAAAUUUUCACACAACCAAUUCCUGCCAUGGACCAGGGGCUAUUUGACAACAUUCAAUUUCUGCCUGUUCCAACAUCCAGUGCAUCCCUCACUAUACACUGUCUGCCGCCUGCCCUGACCUCGGCUAUGUCUCUGGAAAUGCACCUGACCCACCCCGGCUACGUUCCAGGAGAUCUGCCUACUGCAAUAUAG